GAAACAAAAAAGAUGACUACUGGAUAUAUUAUUUCAGUACAUUCACUAAUACUAUCCAUAAUUUGUCCAUAGAAGGCUAUAAUAAAUAGCCUGUUAUGCUGAUUAUUAUAAUAUUCUUUGUUGAAUGCGCAUGCGUAUUCCCUCACCACGAAUGAUUUUAAACAACGUGCUUCCGGUAGUGAUCAUUCAGUCCAAGAUGGCGGACCUCCUGGGCUCAAUCUUGAGUUCGAUGGAAAAACCUCCUACAGUCGGCGACAAGGAGAGCCGACGAAAGGCCCGAGAACAGGCGGCAAGAAUGAAGAAGAUGCAGGAGGAUGAGAAGAAAAAGAAAGCAGAGUUCAGGAAAAGGAUGGAGAAAGAGGUGUCAGAAUUCAUUCAAGACACUAAGCAACAGAAGAGGAAGUACAGUCCCAUGGGAAAGAUUGAAAGGAGCAUAUUGCAUGAUGUUGCAGAAGUCGCUGGUCUGGCAUCGUUUUCUUUCGAAGAGGAUGAGGAGAGCAGAUACGUCAUGAUUUUUAAGAAGGAGUUUGCUCCAUCAGACGACGAGCUGGAGGCUUACCGGAAAGGAGAGGAGUGGGACCCCCAGAAAGCUGAAUACCGUCGCAGACUUAAAGAGCAGGCCGCGUUGGAAGAGGAGACCGCCAGUAAGACACAGAAGAGGGCAGCAUCUCCCAGCUCCAAUUACCGUGACAAGUACAGCCAUCUGAUCGGCACCUCUUCUGCUAAGGAUGCAGCACAUACGCUAGAGGCCAACCAGGCAUAUGGCAUGGUACCUGUGGCCAACAAAAGGGACACCCGCUCCAUAGAGCAGGCCAUGAAUGAGAUCCGGGCCAAGAAACGUCAGAAGACAGGAGAUGAAGACACCGGGGCAGGGAGCACCUCCACCUCCUGAGAGGGCUUGUAUAUGUGUGUGAGUAAGUGACUGAGUGUAAAAGAGAGAAAACGUAUGAGGAGCGCAGAGGGAGUACCUCUAAACUGUUCUUGUACAGGCUUAACCUACAGUAGGCCUACUACAUUGAAAGAUCCUACAUCUUUCCCAGGACAUAUACAAUAGGUGAAACUUGUGGGUAUGUACGGAAGGUUCUUGAAUUAUGUAUCUCCUCUGUCCUUGACUCUGGUUGACUGUUUUUAUGUUCCAACCAAAUUGGUCUUGUGGAAGUCUGAUAAGAGCAUUUUCUCUGUUGGCUUUCUUUCUGUCUACCCCAAAGUCCUGUAAUUUCUCCCACACAAAUGAGUCCUUUUUCUCAGUGAAAGCGAAGAGGAGAGUAGCACCACCAUGAGGGGCAACAGUAAGUUGCCGAGGGUUUAGCCUUUGUCUGUUUUCACUUUUACAAGGAAAAUUAUUCCUAUUGUGACAUCUAGUGGCAAUUAGGCGUUACAACAAUUUUUUUAUUAGAACGUUUUUGUGUGUUUUUAGCUACAUAAUGGGCUCUAUUCAAUCUGUAUCGCUGAAGCGUUACAG